AUGCCUACUACAACUUCGAAGCACAAGCCUGAAGAGCCUUCACCAAGGGCCUCCCUACAUAUGCUGCUGUUUUCAAGAAGCAACUUCCGGCAAUUCAAGGGUCAGAUCCCCCCAGAUCUGCUGAAGAAGAGGCAAAAAGGUUCAGGGGUUGUGGACAGUGAUUUAGGUAAUGAGCAGCCACAGGUGGAGUCCCAACAGGGUAUCUCAAACACCAAUGAGCAGGCCAAGGUUGUGACGGGGAUGGGAGAGUCCAAGGAUUUAAUGGAACGGAAAGAUUCUCAUGCUUCGUACCAAAUGGAGAAAGCAAAUAAUCAAAACACUACUCAUGUAACAUCUACUGCUGGAAACGAUUCAGAGAAGAGUAAUUUGAACUCUCGUGAAUUGGAGGGGGAGACCUCAGUGCAGGUUUAUUCUCAUAGUACUGAGAUAGGCAGUGUGGAAAAGGAUGGAAAUGUUAGAGGAAACGCAUUGGAGUCCCGAAGGAGGGGAGAGGAACACGUCAAGGAGGUUAAGUGCUCUCCAACUGCACAUACUUCUACACCCAAGGACACAAUGGAGUUAAAUUCUGUGGAGAGGAUCUCAAUGGCAAAGGAAAUUAUAAGUGAAGGAGAGGCUUCUGAUUAUAUUGGAAGUGAGGCAUUGGAGAACGAUUCUGAUAAUGAAGAUCAGGCCACAAAGCUCGAAGCAGAGGUACUUAGGAAUGCAUCGAGGGUUAGAUUCUCAUCCUAUUCCUCAGAAGUUGCUGAAGGAAAUCCAUANAGGUAUGCAAAGCUCAAAGCAGAGGUACUUAGGAAUGCAUCGAGGGUUAGAUUCUCAUCCUAUUCCUCAGAAGUUGUUGAAGGAAAUCCAUAG